AUGUUGCUCAUUGUCAUCAUGGGGUCCUUAUUCGAAGUGGAAAUUGGAGCAGUUAACACACUCAUAGUCAUGCCACGCCCACUGGAGAUGACGGGCAAGAACGAAUUUCCUUUAUACGACGUGCUAUCGCCAUGUCUGACUACGUGGUUGCAUAUGUCAGAAAAGCUUUCUGAGAGCAUCAAUGAUUUCUCUCUGAACUGGAGUGCAACUGUGGACAUGACGUUUGCCCAAGUUUUGAAGAUGGCUUUGGAUUGCACCGAUGAUCGCAUUUUCAACGCCGCCAUCAGCAAGAGUGUGAUGCUAAAGGUGAAAGAAUUGGGGGCCAACCUAGCUGGUUGUCCAUCGUGCUUGCUGCUACAUACGGUACUUCGAUGGUGCGCCCUACCAUCUUCCGUGGAGAAGCUAUCUACAACUCCUGUUACAGCGGGAACUCAUCCGCAAUUCUUAGAUAAAACUAGUAGGAAGACAGCGUUAAUGGCCUUACUAAGUCAUUGGCAUACAGAUAUUUGUCAGCAAGUUAAGCUUGUUUCGAAUGCUGAAGCUCGCAAAUAUAGGGCUGACCCAGGUAGUAUCGCUCGCGAAGUACGUAUACCUAUGGAAGAUCUUGAAAACAAGCCAGAAAUUAAGCACCGUAGAAACGCAAGUACGGCUAGUAGGAAUCUUACUGCUAAUGGUGGAAUGACAAAUCAAAAAAGGCCGUCAGCACAAGAAAAAGUUGAUUUGUACCAUUGGCUCCUGUCUGUCCAUCGUGAAAGGAAGGAACGUAAAACAGCCGAUCUGGAUAACAAAGAUUAUAUCAAUCCAAUGGACAUCAUGCCACAAGCGUUUUUCUACAGCUUUUAUCAUCUAGCGCUCGUUUAUACUGUCACCGUUAAUAACAUUAUCACGGCUAUGGUAGAACAGCGCGUAGUUUCAUCGGCUGCUGACGAGUCAAGAAAAUUUAUCACUCCACACUUACAUCAGCUAAUGCAUAUUAAAAAAGUAGCCGUAGAUGGGAAGUUGUCGUGGCGAAUCGAGAUGGACGAGAAAGGAUUGUUGCCCGUGAGGGGAUGGGUAAGAACCGCUUUACUGCGGAUUUGA